UGCGUGUGUGCUUCACGACGGCGUUCUUUGUACGAUCGCGUGUCCGUGCCGCUGUCAUCUUCGUCGUCUGUGUUGUGCGCUGAACUGGACAGCGUGUGAAUGGAUCCUGUCGAGCUACAUCUGCAAAAAGAGCAAAACAACGAAAAUGUGCGUUAUGAAACAAUUGCUACAAGUGUGGUGACCAUGGCGAGUUUUUAGUGGAUUCGAAAACUUACCGUGAGAAGACGGUCGGCGGACUGUUGGGCUCCCUCUUCAAAUCCUCAGCCCAUUGGUCAUCGCCAGCGUCUUCGGACAUCGUUUCUCGCCCUAAGAUCCUAAGAAAGGUCUUCGAACUUCGAAGCAAGAGAGAGCGAAAAUGAAUAGGCAGCAAGAGCAGAGCGGCGUGGAGGGCGCUGUGCAGAUUUUGCCUGAGGGCGCGCGCCAGUUGGGGUCCCUCUGGCCCUUGGGGUUCCCGAAGCAUGGCCACCGGCUUGUGCAGACGUCCAGCGAGAUUUUUGUUCCUCUCCAUUACGGUACCAUGGCUGAAAUCGGCGACUGGAUCAACACCAAACUCUCAAAAUUCCUCUCAUUCCCGGCACCUCCAGAUUUGAUUGACUACAUUUGCACUAUCAAUAAUGAGAAAGACUUUCAAGAAUACUUCACAUCCUUGCUAAAUUACAAUGACCCCGAGCAAGUUGCUUUCGUCAACGAAUUGGCCCAAAAGUUGCUUUCUCGAGGAGGACAGGCCUCUGAAGACAAAGAGAAUUUUUCUAACAAAAAUCCUCCAGUUUCGUCCCGAGAGCAGUUUCCAGCUAUAUCAUCUGCUCCUCUGAGUCAAGUGGAGCAAGCUCGAGAGCCAGCAAAGAAAAAGGAAAGCUUUCCAAGCUUGUCUAAAAAGGAAGUCACACCGCCUAAAGAGACGUCGCCUAAGGAGCAGCAGAACAGCAGUGGCAAGAAGCAGAAGACCAAGUUUGUAAACCUGUACUCCACUGAAGGACGCCAGAAAGAUGUGAUCACCUUGCCUGGUCGCCACAAGUGCACAUGCGAGGCCACGAAACAUGCCCUGAUCAACAACUGUCUCAGCUGCGGCAGAAUUGUUUGCGCGCAGGAAGGCGCAGGACCUUGCAUGUUCUGCGGAAAGCUGGUGUGCACUAAAGAUCAGGCUAAAAUUGUAGGACGUGGUAGCAAAAAGUCAGAAAAAUUGAUUCAGCAUUUAAUGAAGCACGCUGAGGAUCCAAAAAUGGAUAAGGCCGUGGAGAAGAAAAACAAGCUGCUUGAGUACGACAAGCAAAACUUUAAGCUGACCAGAGUCAUUGAUGAUCAAAAAGAUUUCUUCGCCACUUCAACGUGGCAGUCUGAAAAAGAGAGGAGUCACAUCCAGAAGAAAGAGCAAGAAUUAAUGGGCCAAAGAUACGGUUCCAGAAGAGAUAAGAAGUUCACUUUGGACUUCUCUGGCAGGAGAGUGGUUGAGGAUGAGAUUGUUGAAGAACAGUUUAAUCCUGAAGAUGAUCCCAUUUUGAAGCAAAUCAGAGAUGAUGCUCUCAAGUCAAUCGUCAGGGAACGCCCUGCAAAUGACACCAAUCCUGCUUUGUUGACGCAUAAACCAACAUUUGUGGAAGUCGGUAUUACACCUCAAAGUGGCAAGGGAAAUGAAAGCAGGAUCGGUUUAUUGGAGGGAAGAAUCCAGGAUAAGGAGAUGUUGGAGAUGAGUGAUCAAGCAAAGUGUCUUAGCAUGCAUCAGCCAUGGGCCUCACUUCUUGUUCGUGGCAUCAAAAAACAUGAAGGCCGAUCCUGGUAUACAAAGCACAGAGGUCCUCUUUGGAUUGCAGCUGCGGCCAAAGUGCCAACUGAAGAUGAAAUUGCAGAAAUUGAAAAGGCCCAUUCUCACAUUGCUCAAAAAGAAAAUCUCGACUUUCCCAAAAAUUAUCCUGUAAGUUGUUUGUUGGGUAAAGUCAAUGUUGCGGAUUGCUUGCCGCAAGAUGAGUACCGAGCAGCCUAUCCAGAUGGUCUUUCUGAGAGCCCGUUUGUCUUUAUUUGUGAAAAUACUGAAGAGCUCCCAUUUUUCUUACCUAUCAAAGGUCAACACAAAAUAUUCACCCUGGACAAGGCUCUCCAUCAUGCUGCGGUGACUAGCCUGAAGAGAAAGGGUUUGCUGCAGAGCAAGAAGAGACUGGAUGCUGCUCGUUAAGCUUGCUCAAGAAAUUUUUCUCCAACACCUGCAGAAUUCCACGGACAAUGUGAUUUUUCAUUUGUCGAAAUGUGAUACUCACAGUUGACACGGCACACUUCCACCGGAACGCCACUUCGCAUUAGAAAAUCGAUCCACACACGCUGAUUGUUGGAUAACGAGUCGUUUGGACUCUUCACUUCAAUGAAUUUGUAUUUCUAAAUAAAUAAAAUGCUAUUAUAAAGUUUAAAAUUCACUAUCUUAGUCCUUACAUCUUUGCCUGGUGCCCAAACAACCAAAUCAGGAAAUCCUGAUCUCGAAUUACGGAAGUCUUUCAGCAACCUCAAGCAGAUUUUAAUUACAGUUUUUGCUCCUAUGCACUCGAACAAGCUCUGAAGUAAAUAUUCUUAAGCAAGUGUAAAUAAAAUUAGCAUUUUUCCUUACAUGAGCUUCCUCGGCACUCCCAAAUGCAUUAGUAUUCACAAUUGAAGUUUUACUCUCUAUGUCGCCCCAAGUUUUCA